GCGGCGGCCGUUGCCGUGGAAACGCGGCGCUGUUUACCACCGAGAACGGGCCGCCUGCGAGCGGGGCUGCUGGAUGGAGCCGCUGCGAGGCCGGACAGUCAGCGACUCUCUGUGGGCGGCGGCGAAGACCCUGUUGGACUGACAGCCCUCUCGACCCCGGAGCUGCCAGUCGUCCCGAGCCGAUGGAGCAUCUAAUGCAGGUCUCCUGAAAAGCAAUGGCCGCUGCCUCACCCCUGACCAUCACACCCUCUGAACGGACGGUCCCCUUUGGCAUCGCGAAGUCUCCCACCUGGCCACCCCGCUGCGUCGCCAUGCACGUCACCAGGCCAAAAUCCGCCAAGGGGCGCACCCGGUCCAACCUGAGCUAUUCCCAGAGCGUCGGGGCCUAUUCCUAUCAAGUGCCAUCGUCCCCCCAGUCCGUCACCCCUGGGGAGGAAGCGGGGGGCAGCCGGAGGGCAGCGUCCUCCCAGCAGCUGUUCCAGCCCAUUCAGGUGUUCCCGGCCGAGGUUCCAGAUCUCCUCCAGCAAGUGCCCACGAGAACGUCGUCCUCCCUGAACAAGUACAGGGUGCUUCCGUCCAUCAGCAGGAAGGACCGGAGGACGAGCGCUGCGGAGGCCAUGUCCCAGCAGGCCGGUCUGCUCCAAGCAGGCGCCCAGGCGGAGGAGGAGGAGGAGGAGGAGGAGGAGGAGCAAGGGUCCCAGGAUGCCUCUCUGCUGGGGAAGGGGCCCACCCCUCUCCUGGCGGGGCACAAGGAGGGCAGCGGAGAGCAUGCCCCCCAGGCCUCGUUCUCCCCCCUGGAGAGGCCACCCUUAAGUAAGCGGAGACACGGGCGCUCCCCCACGCCGGCCCCGAACCUGGACGAGCCCUGUGAGGAGGAGCCCAGGCUGCUGCUGGCCAUCCGCUCGCCUUUGGGGGAAAGGUUCGAACGGUACUUCCGGCCCACGGAUAACCUGGGGACGGUGGUGGCAGCGGCAGAACAGAAGAACGCGGCCGCUUACCGGCGCUGCAGCAUCGGGACGGUGGAGGUGCCUCGGCGGACCUUCUCGGACCUCAGCAAGUCCUUGCAGGACUGUGCCAUCUGCCACAAGUCCGUGCUGUGCAUCCUGCCAGAAGAGCAGGAGGGGGAGCUGUGAGCUGGAGCGCUUGAGCCUUGCAUUAAACCCCACUGAGGAAAACCCACCCAGCCGUCCGCUCCUUUAGGCCCGGCCGCCACCACUCUCGGGGGCGGCGCGUCUCGCCCGCCCAGGCCUCCCUGCGCGCCCAAAACGGACACCCAGCACCGCUCCGCUUUCCAGCCUGGCAUUUCCCUCUCACAGGCUCCCCCAUCCAUCUGGUAGAGGGGCUUCAUUUCCAGGAGAGUUUGUUCCCCACCCCCCAAAUCUCACAUUCAAUUUUUCUUCCUUUUUGGCCCGAUUCAAC